UUUUUGGCCACUUUUGAGACGUUUUCACUGUCGAAUUUUUUCCGAAUGUUAUACCAUUUUUUAGCAAGUAUUCCAUUAAUUUUGAAACCCUUCAGAAGAAUUUUCUACACUGCAGACUCCUCUGAUGACAUUUGAAACAUUGGAAAAGACAACAUCAUACUACAUAUAUGAUAUGAUUUCAACUUGGAAUGCCGAAAGAAGCAACUUCGAACAUUUAAGUGAUUUUUAAGGCGUUGAGUUUGCGGCGCAGGUUUGACAUCGCUCUCGCGAAAAAAAAAUCUUACUCAGUUCGCUAUUCAAUAUCGUGAAGGUCACCGACUGAAAGUGCAACCUUUACUGUGAGGUUAUGCUGCCUGUGCCGGUUCUUCGAGUAUUGUCAUUCGGGUCUGUGAGGCUUGGCGAGAAAGUUAUUGCUAGAGGUAUACACUUGUCUCGAGCAACAAUGGGUAUUCAGGUUGGAGAUAAAAUCCCUAGUGUCGAACUUUAUGAAGAUAAUCCAACAAAUAAGAUUAAUAUUGCACAACUUUGUGAGGGCAAGAAGGUGAUCGUAUUUGCUGUUCCAGGAGCUUUUACGCCCGGUUGCUCGAAGACACAUCUUCCUGGAUAUGUUGAACGAGCUGAUGAAUUGAAGAAAGGUGGUGUUUCUGAAGUUAUUUGUGUGUCUGUUAAUGAUCCAUUUGUUAUGGAUGCUUGGGGCAAAGAACACAAAGUGUCUGGAAAGAUUCGCAUGCUUGCUGAUCCUUCAGCAGCAUUUGCAAAAGCAAUUGAUUUGACCACUAAUUUGCCCCCUCUUGGUGGAGUAAGAUCAAAGCGUUACUCAAUGGUGGUAGAAGAUGGAGUUGUUCGUCAGUUAAAUGUAGAACCUGAUGGAACAGGUCUUACCUGCUCCCUUGCUGAUAAAUUGAAGCUUUAAAAUAAUCGUUCAGCUUAAACGAAUAAAAUGGAGUGAAUCAACAAAAGUUGAAGAACAUACUCGAGCAAACUUAAAUUCUAUCAGUUUAUUAAAGCUAUGUAAUCAAUCCUUUAAUAGGGAUCUUGAAAAGUAUGCAUAAGGGAAGUUGUAAGAGAUGUAUUCUGUUGUAAUUAAAAUAAAUUACAAUUAAAAGGUGUUUUAUUGUCAA